CACAGCCUCAGGGCAUCUGGGCAGGGCAGUGACAGCGACGGGACGGGACGUGUCAGCAGCCAAGCGGUCGUCAGGUGACAGCCAGGAUCUUUCCUUCCUGCCACUGAUUGACAGCCGGAGAAGCUGCCGCUGCUAUUCCCUGGGAGGACGGGCCCGGGCUCCCCGGCGGUGCGAGGCGGCGCUCCCCGGGAAGGCGGCGCUCCUGCCCGCGCCCCUGCGGCCGGAGGAGCGGGAGCCGCGGCGGGAGCAGGGGGACACCAUGGUGGUGCCGCCGCUGCUGCGCGCCGUCAUCAUGGGGCCGCCCGGCUCCGGGAAAGGCACCGUCUCCGCUCGCAUUAUCAAGCACUUCGGUGUGAAGCACCUCUCCAGCGGCGAUCUGCUAAGGGACAACAUGCAGAAGAAGACAGAAGUGGGAAUCCUUGCGAAAUCCUACAUUGAUCAAGGGCAGCUUAUUCCAGAUGACAUCAUGACACAACUAAUGCUGAAUGAGAUAAAAGGCCUAGACCGGUACAACUGGCUAUUGGAUGGUUUCCCCAGAACAGUUGCUCAGGCAGAAGCCCUCGAUAAAGAAUGUCAAAUAGACACUGUGAUUGACCUAGAUGUGCCAUUUGAGACCAUAAAGUGUCGGCUUACAGCACGCUGGAUCCACCCUGCCAGUGGCAGAGUCUACAACCUUGAAUUCAAUCCUCCCAAAGUGCAGGGCAUUGAUGACAUUACUGGCGAGCCACUUGUUCAGCGUGACGAUGACAAGCCGGAGACUGUCAGCAAGAGGCUGCAGGCUUAUGAUGCACAAACAAAACCAGUUCUAGAAUAUUAUCGGAAAAAAGGAUUAUUGAAAUCCUUUUCUGGAACAGAAACCAAUAAGAUCUGGCCACAUAUCUAUGCUUUCCUUCAAACCAAGUUGCCAGAUGUGAGCCAGAAAGAUGCUGCCAACCCCAGGUGAAAAUAGAUCAGGCUUCUGGUCAUCUGUCAUAGUUCACUCCUGAUUACAUGGGAUUCUGAAAUCAAGGAUUUGUCCAAGUAGUCUACCAGACUCAUCAAUAAUUAAAGUCCAAUCCUGUCUUUAACUUACAUUAUGGUAAAAUUUUGUUGCCUGUGGUUAUCAUUUUAAUGCUGUAUUUUUUUAUAUUAAAUAUACUGAAUUUAAAAAAUACAGUAACUGUCUUUAGCAAAAUCAGGUAUUCUCGUGUCUUUUAUUUGGAAAAUACAUUUCCAGUGUUGAUUGGUGAAGGAAAUACAUUUCAGAAUACAGCUUAAUUAGAAAGCACAUUGACUGAUUUACUCAGUCAGUAAACAAAGCAAUGACAAAGACAUGAAAGCAUGUUUCUUGAACAUGUAGCUAGCUGGAGCUAGCCAAAAGCUGUGAAGAACAAUGACCACUGGUCUGCAAAAACCAGUUUUUCAGACCAGAGCUGGUGUGUAUGGAAAUUGAUCUUAUGGAAAGGUUAGCUUCUUAUUUGCUUGCACAGAUGCGACUUGAUUUUGUUCACCAUAAAUUACAUUUAGCACCAGGGAAAAUUAUCUAAGCAAGUAGUAUGUUUAUGUUUCUGCCUUCAGAGCAAUGAUUUUGUAGGCAUGGGAAACGGAGUGUCAAUGAUGUGUAACACAUUUGAUAAAGCCUCUGUCUUUGUGUAACCCUGUAAGACUUUAUCAGUAAAAAGAUAGCAGAUACUGAACAGAUUAAGUGUAAUCUGGUAAAUCUGUAGCUAGAUGAUCCUGACCAGUGAAUGUGCCUGUUCUACUGUCCUUAAGAAGAAGUGGUCACUGAUGCCAGUGACCUGAUUUCCAGUGGUCAAAAUAUUAACUUUGGCAUAUUACUGUAGCAAUUUUUAUUGUAGCAACUGGACUGGUUUUCCUGAGAUUCUUGUCUCUGACCAGCUCUUGUGUUUAUUGACUAGAUAACUGGAAAUACAAACCUCCACAGCCCACACUUUUUAAUAGCCCAGGGAAUGUAGACAUUGCUAUUUUUCAGUGGCAGUUUCAAGACUCAGCAAAACGUGAGGAACAAACAACUCUGUCUAGGUAAUGUCUGAAGUAGCUGUGUCCUAGUAAUGCAGGUUCCAGUCUCCUUUAGCAGUGACUGUAAACAGCUGGAGUGUUGACAUACUUUGGAUUGCAUCUGCACAUCCAGUUUUAGUAUUAUGAAUAUUGAGACAUAUUUAAGUGUAAAAAGAGAUGGUCAGUGUAGAAUUUGUGAUAUUUCCCCCUUACUAUAAAUGAACCAUAUAAGCAGCAACUAUCACUACAAUCAGUUUUAUCUCAUUUAAAGAAAGCUGGCCAAGAAAAUUGACCACUUGUACUAUCCUUUUGAGGAUAUGUCUACAUAUUACAGUGAGAAACUCUGAUUAACUGCUUGUUUUUUUAUAUUUUGGUGUCAAUAAAAAACAGCCCCUCCCUUUUUUUUUUUUGCCAGCAUACACAAAUUCCUGUGAGCCAGAAGGAGCAAGGGGAGGGAAUCACAUUAUUUGACACUUAUGCCUGGCACCAUCCAGUUUUAUCCCCUUAGAAACUUAAAAAAUAGCUUAUUCUGUUUAACAGGUUGCUAGAUCAACAGCUGUAUUGCCAAGGGUAGCAGUUGCAAGUCACAGUGUUACACUGCCCUUACUAUCCCUUGCAUACAACAUUCAGUUAAAAAACAACCUGAAGUUACUUGUUUUCCUUUAAGUUUCCCUUAAUUAUUAACUAAUUAGUAAGGAGGAGGCACUGUUUACUUAUCCUUUCCUGAAGUAUCUGUCAAACUUAACAAGAUGCAGUAGAAAUUUUUAUCUCCCCAUUUGCAUGUGUGACAGAACUGCUCCUUGCUCUUUUAUCUUCAGACUGUUUGCAAAAAAGGCUAGAGAGCAGAAGUCAUAUGGAAACUACUUCUAUGAGUGGAUCUGCUAUUGCAUUGGUACUAAUACUCUGGUAUAUUCUACAGACUUAAGACUUUUUCACAUUUUGGCUGUAGGCAAAACAGAAAAUUACUGGAUUCUAUUUCACAGAAUCAGAAUCAUUAAGGUUGGAUGAGACUUCCAAAAUCAUUGAGUUCAACCUCUGACCACCAGCACCCUGCCAAAUAACUUACAGCACUAGGUGCCAUGUCCAGUCAUUUCUUAAACAUUUACAGGGAUGGUGACUCAAACAAUUCCAUGGAUAGUCCAUUCCAAUGCUUGACAAUCCUUUCAGUGAAGAAAGUCCUGAUGUCUAAGCUGAACCUCCCCUGGCAUAGCUUGAGGCCAUUUCCUCUCAUCCUGUCAGUUCUUAGCUGAGAGAAGAGACCAAACCCCAGAUGGCUACAUCCUCUUUCAGGAGUAGACAGUGAUAAUGUACACCUGAGCCUCCUCUUCUCCAGCCUAAACAAUCCCAGCUCUUCUCACAGGACUUCUGCUCCAGACCCUUCCCCAGCUCCACUGCCCUUCUCUGGACAGGCUCCAGCAGCUCCAUGUCCUUCUUGGACUGAGGGGCCCAAAACUGAGCAGAGGAUCUGAGGUGCAGCCUCCCCAGUGCUGAGUAUGGGGGACAACCCCUGCCCUGCUCCUGCUGGCCACACUAUUGCUGGCACAGGCCAGGAUGCCAUUGGCCUCCUUGGCCACCUGGGCACUGCUGGCUCAUGUUCAGCUGCUGUCACCAGCACCCCCAGGUCCUUUUCCUCUGGGCAGCUUUCCAGCCACUCUGCCCCAGCCUGUGGCACUGCCUGGGGGUAUUUUGCCUGAACUAAAAACUAGAGGUAAGCUAUGAUCACUGAACUUGUGAAAUCAAUAUGCCUUCCAGACCUUACAUACAAUCAGAACAACUCAGUAACGAAUUGAGAGUGUCUACUGAUACCAUUAUCUGAGGCAUAAACUGUCUUUGCUAGUCUACCAAUUGCAGGAUACAUUUUUACAGACAGACCUGCUGUAAUAGCAGAAAGUCAGAAAAGCACAGUAGAGUUUCAGAGUGCAAGGUUCUGUGGAAGGCCUUAUCUAGAAAAUGCAUUUGGAUUUCCAGCUUCUUAAACAAGAAGCUUUUAAUGGUUUUCCACUUAAUGUUUGAAUUGACAAUGUCAGAAACCCACUCUGGUUGAGUUGCAUAUGAAGUGUCUUUCAAAGACUGCAUGACACUGCCCCACCCCCCCCCAUGUGACCUGUAGCACAGCUUUUUGUUUAAACUGAGGUCUUAGCCUAAUCCUUGUACAAGUUUCCUUCAUAAAUUACUUCUACCAUAACAAGACAUGGUUUUUAAAAGAUAAUCUGAAGUUAGCUUGAUGAACAAGAAGAGAAUCAGACUCCCAGAAAUCAUACAACCCAGCACUCAUUUGUAGACAAGUGUUGCUUAUCUUUUAGGAUUAAACCAAGUUAUGUUUAAUGAAAGUACAAUAUAACAUUUAGAUCCCCUUAGUAGAGGUAGAAAGCCAGUGUUUUAAUCUAAUCCAUUCAGAUCAGAAAUACUGAUACCAGAUACUGAUUUAUUGCUAUUAGUGAUAACCAAAUUUGAGAGCUUAUACUGUCAGCAAGGUAGCAUGAAUACAGUUGCGAUCUCCAAUACUCAGAGUAAAACAUAUCCACAUCUGUAGUAAGACAAUAGCAGAUUCUACCAAGAAUCUGCUGCUUCUUGUAAACAUUGUAUUUGUGCAGAUGUUUCAUUUCUAAAGUCAUGAAAGGCAAGGUUAGUAGCAGAAAACACAUCCAGUUUCACAUUCGGCAAUAAAAGAACCCUGCUCUUCAAAGACAACUAAAAACCUAGCAGCACAUUUCAAACAAUAUUACAAGUUCUUUCCUUAAUUACCCUUCAAAGUCCCUCCCCCCUGCCCAAAUCAAAUAAAAACAACAAAAAUCUGACACGAAAAAUAAAGUGCAGUACCCAGAAAAAUAAGUGUCAAGAAAAUAGCCAUGUUUGUUUCUUUGAGGGGAAAAAAAAACAAAACCAAAGGGGAAAUAAAAGAGUACUUGGCCUCAGUCUUAAAAGUACUAUAAUGUGUCCAUCAUUUUGGAUUCUUCUUCAUCUCUUUGUAUCACAGAGUUGAAACUGCAGACAUCUGUGUUUAUGGAACCUUGCAGAUCUCCUGUGUUCUG